AUCCCGUACUACGCGACUUUGAACAUCGCUAAGGUAAACAUUUGAACUGACAACUUUUCACGAUGGAACACACGUUAUUCCUCUUCCUCCUGAUGCUUCAAUUUAGUGUUGGACAGUUAGGCUCACCUGAACAUAUCCUUGAAGAUCAUUACAUCGGGGAACAGCAUAACCCUGACCAUGAUAUGGCUGUUCUGCUCGGAGAGGAGAGCGCUGGGGAAAUGAAAGAACUCAGCCCAACAGAGCAGAGAAAGAAGAUGAUGGCGGUUGUAGAGAAGAUUGACGCAAAUGAGGACAAUCUACUAAGUGCAGAGGAGAUCACUCUGUGGAUUCAGCAAGUCUACAAACAAUACGCUUUAGAAGAUGCAAGAGAGCGGUUCACUCAGUUUGAUACUAACAUCGACGAUGUUGUUACCUGGGAGGAGUACAGCUCUCUUGCUCAUGAGGAACUUGUCACUUUUGAUGAUGACACUAUACUGGAGGACCCAGAGCAAGAGUCUCUUAGACAACUUCUCUUAAAGGAAAAGAGGCGCUUUUAUUUUGCUGAUAUGGACGGCACACCUGGCCUCAACGUGACCGAGUUUCUUGCCUUCUCUCACACAUUUGAAGUGGAUUACAUGGCAGACUUUGCCAUUGAAGAUGUACUGAAUGAAUAUGAUGCAGAUAAAGAUGGAUUUAUCACCCUGACGGAAUUUAUUGGGAAUGUGCGCAAUGAAGGAGAAUCCCCAACACACUGGGAGAUUGAAGAAUCGGUACGAUUUAAAGAUCUGUACGACCAAGAUCAGAACGGCAAACUGGAUCGAGAUGAACAGCUGCGCUGGGUUGCACCUAAUAGCUACGGUUCAGCAAGAGAGGAAGUACGCUUCAGCGCCUCUAUCAGCAAUAGCUGGAAAAAAACAUGAGUGUCCUUUACACUUAUCAGGCUCUUCACCUCAUCAAGGAAAUGGAUCAGGACGGAGAUGGACACAUUUCAGAGACAGAAGUUUUGCAAAACCAAGAAAUAUUCAUCAACAGUGAAGUUACUGACUUUGGGAGACACCUCCAGUUGUCACAUGAUGAAUUAUAACCAUUAUUUAUAACCUCA